UACUUAAUAAAAAUUCAAAACCCUAAAUCCUUUACCCCCUCCAUCACCCACGAUCUCCUCAUCCUCCCUACCAAAUCAUUUUCCGACGCAGUGCACUUCCACCGCCAGGGCCAGUCAUUCCAUAAGCCACCGCCGACUUGUCGUAAGAUCCGAAUGGCUUGUAUACAGUAUGGUCGAAAUGCACUCCGGAAAAUUAUUAAAGAUACCACACUCCAUCCUUCUGAUCAAAUGAUGCAGCCAUUGUUGUUCACGGGUCAGGGAGUUAGACAUAGGAAGUUGGAAGUUAUUCUCACAACAAGCAUUGAAAAACUUGGGAAAGCUGGAGAGACAGUUAAGGUCGCCCCUGGAUACUUUCGGAACCAUCUUAUGCCCAAGAUACUGGCUGUUCCAAAUAUUGAAAAGUAUGCUCAUCUGAUUAAGGAGCAGCGUAGGAUUUACCAACCGGUUGAGGAAGAGGUCGUUAAGGUUGUGACACUGACGAAGGAGGAUAAGAUGAAAGAAUAUGAAAAGGCAGCAAAACGUCUGGAUUGUAAACAGCUGGUGUUGAGGAGGUUAAUUGACAAGGAGAAGUUCCGUACCCGUGCUACAAAAGAUGAGCCCUUAGCUCUGCAAUCUUCUGUGACAGUAGACGACAUUGUUGCUGAGGUGGCACGCCAAUUUUCUGUUCAAAUUGCGCCCGAAAAUUUGAAUUUACCAUCCCCCUUGUCAGCGUGUGGUGAAUAUGAAGUGGCACUCCGCUUUCCAAAGUCGAUCCCUUUGCCUGAAGGAAAGGUCUACUGGACUCUCAAAGUGAAAGUCCGUAGUAAAUAAAAAAGUGGUAAACGCUAUCUCUCACUUUAUGGUGCCUCUGUUUUGGGUUUCUUUAGAUCGCUAGGCCUUUCAGACUUUUAGUUAUUGAGUUGGCUGUUUGCUGGUUUCUCAAUGAUUUAAUUAAGCUAUUUGCUUAACAAUGUAAUGGAUUCACACUCUUUGACACAUUCAUCAAUGUGAUAAUUUAUGCGUUGUUGAAUUAA